AAAUUUUUAUCAAAUAAAUCAUCUUUUAACCUAGAAAAAUGGACUCGCAUUUGAUUGACAUACAUGUCGUACUCUGCUCAACAUUUUUAAGCUAAAGGAAUGAGCUGCCUGCUGAAUUGCUUCAGAUGGCUAAACUGACUCGCUCUUGCUUGAAACUUCAUGGUGUUUUAACCGGUAUUUUAAAUUACCUAGAUUUAAAAAUGUUGAGCAGAGUACGACAUGUAUGUCAAUCAAAUGCGAGUCCAUUUUUCUAGGUUAAAAGAUGAUUUAUUUGAUAAAAAUUUAGUUAAUAGUCAAUUUUGUGCAUCUGGUAUACAGACAUAAAUGAAACAGAAAAUGAGUAUGAAAAAAAAACAAACAUCUGGCUGAACAGUUACGCAUUUUCUCCUGGAAUGUUCACACUAUCGACAUAUUCAUUCACAUGUAAAAAACGAUUGACAUACUACCGGAUCUAAGCUACCUUUCCUGUUUUUGGACAAAUUUGAACGCAUUGAUGAUCCAAAAGUUACUAAGCUGUAUAAACUAGUUAUUGAAUAUAACAAAUAUUAUAAAAUAAUAAAAGAAUUUUGUUUUGUUACAAAUAAUUGCUCAAUAAAAAUUGAUUAUAGUUUACGUCUUUUUCCUCGAUCGGACUGGGCCGGGCCGACAUAGACUGGUUUAAACCGACUGGUCGCUGGUUACAUCUCUGACCGCAGCAGCUUUAUACUGAAUGAAUAAGAGGUCGAUGGUGAACCUAAGAAAGCGUUUGCACGAUGAGCAAGAAAUAAGACGAAUAAUAAGUUACUUAAAUUUAUGUUAUUUCAGAUGGAUGAUAAUAGUUUAGGAAUAGACGUUGAUUUUAUCGAAUCUAAAACUCUUAGAUUUGUUUAUACGAUACAUUUAAUAGCAGUGAUUCAACCAGUCGACAUAAGCAUUUGAUAACGACUUUAUGCAGCGAUCAGUAUCAGAAAACAAAUUUUUUUGGGUACCGAAGCAUUUUACCAAAUUCUGAAAAGUUUUGUUUUUGCUUUUUAAUCUCAUCUCUCUAGGCCAAUGGCCACUGCAAUAUGGUUCCCUCACUGCAUCUGUACCCAGCGGUACCAAGACAAUGAUCAUUAUAUAGCUCGUCUAGUCAAUUCCUGCAAGAACUUUUACAAUUCAAUGCUAGGGCGUUUCAAAAUGCCAUCAUAAAAAUUCUCUUAAAUCGCUUGUCAAAUUCUGAUUACAAAAAGAAAUGAUUCAACAUUUUCGAGUCACCAAGUUUAGUUUCAACAGCUAUCCUAUCCUUUGUCGGACAAAUUGAAUCAUUGUGGAUUGAAUAUACUAUUGUUCGUGAAUUACCAUUGAAUGAAAAUGAAGAAAAAAAAUUCAGUGACGCUAAUAUUUUAUCGAAUGCAAAUAAACAAUUUUCACACAUUCAUAUACAUGUUAGUAACAAAACACUGAUACUCCGUGGUCCAUCCGGUGAAGUACUGAAUGCUGAAUUGUUUAUUCGUCAGCAGUUGGUAACAGAAUUUAAAUUUACUCUGUCUCCGAUUAUCAAAGGACAUGUAAACGAAAAUCUAGCUAGAAAUUUAAAAUUGGUUACAAAAAUGCCUGUUGAUCUAUUCGGACCCUUACGAUGGCGAUGGGAAGCACAACAUCAAAAGCGUCAUCCGUAUAUUAUGUCAGAAGUGGGCCACUGA